AAAAGAUAAAUGGAUGGAUAGAUAAAUGAAUGGAAGGAUAGAUAGUUGGUUAGACUGAUGUAGAUGUGGAUAGAUGGAUGGAUAGAUUGCUGUGGGGAUGUAUGGAUAGUUGUUUAUAUAAACAGAUUGAUGUAGGGAUGAAUGGAUGGAUAGUCAGUUGACUGAUGUUGAUAUAGAUGGAUGGACUUAUAAACAGUUGAAUGGAUAGAUUUAGGGAUGGAUGGAGAAACAGACUGAAAGAUGAACAGGUUAGAUAGACUGACGUAGAUAUAGAUGAAUGAUAGAUAGUUGGAUGGAUGGAUAGACAGUUGAUUAGAUUGAUGUAGAGAUGGAUGGAUGGAUGGAAUUACAGAUUGAUGUAGGGAUGAUGGAUGGAUAGUUAGGUCGUUGGUUAGAUAGACGGAUGGAUAGGAUAGAUAAAAAGUUACAUGGUACAAGAUACAAGACAAAUGGAUAGUUGUUUAGAUGCAUAGUUUGUUAGAUAGACUGUUGUAGAUAUAAAUGGAUGGAUGCAUAAAUAGUUGGAUAUAGACUGAAAGAUGGGCAGAUGUAGAUAUAGAUAAAUGACAGAGUUGGCUACUGAUGUAGGGAAGGACGUAUGGAUAGACAGACAAUUGGUUGGAUAGACUGAUGUAGAUAUAAAUGGAUGGAUACUUUGAUGCAUAGAUAGAUAGACAGAUAAAUAGUUGGAUAGAUAGAGAACACUCCUUCCAUUCAUCUGAUUUCUGUGUUUGGCAGAGCUCCAGUGAACAUCUGGGAUGACAUCUACGCUUCAGGAGGAAUGAGCAACACUGAUGAGUGUGUGAAUGAGCUGCAGACAUGGACUCUAGAUUACAGUGGAAACUCAGCGUCCUGACCCGCAGGCGUCCGAAUGACACACUGAAUCUGAGACGCUGCCAGGAUCUGUGAUUUAUGCUCUGUACCUGCUUGUAAAAGACAGCCACUGAACAUUAGCGUAUAUAUAUACAACACACAGAGAGCUGCGGGUGAGACACGGAGAGGAUCCGUCUAUGAGCAGACCCGCGUUUUCAGGUGCUUCAACAUGGAGGUUCCCGUCGCUGUCCUGUUAUUACUGUGCUUUAGUAGUUCGGUUGGGUUCACUGGCGCCCAAACAACAGACGAUGCAAAGAAUAUCUCACGGAAACCAUUGAACGGCACAGCGAACAAAACCCCGAUGUGCUCUGGACCAGCUCGGAUCAAAGACGCCUUCAAGUACAUCAACAGCGUUGUGUCAUGUUUCGUAUUUCUGUUUGGGAUGGUAGGAAACGUGACUCUCCUGAGAAUAAUCAAAGAACACAAAUGCAUGAGAAACGGACCCAAUAUUCUCAUCGGCAGUCUGGCUUUAGGCGACAUAUUGCACAUCUUAAUCGGCAUACCCGUCAAUGUUUAUAAGCUUCUGGCAGUGGACUGGCCGUUUGGGCUCCUGCUCUGUAAACUGGUGCCGUUCAUUCAGAAAACCUCUGUUGGGAUAACGGUGCUGAGCCUGUGCACUCUGAGCAUAGACAGGUAUCGAGUCGUCGCAUCCAGGAGUCGUAUCAAAGGUCUCGGGUUUCCCAAGUGGACUGUUAUCAAACUGUCUUUAAUAUGGACCGCAUCCACAUUACUGGCCGUUCCCGAGGCCGUCGCGUUUGAUCUGAUCACGAUGGAUUACAGAGGCGAGCAUCUGCGGAUAUGUCUCCUCCAUCCUGUACAGUCCACUCCGUUCAUGCAGUUUUAUAAAGCGGCCAAAGACUGGUGGCUCUUUGGGUUUUAUUUCAUCGCGCCGCUGGCAUGCACCGCUGUCUUUUACUCGCUGGUGACUCGGACGAUUUUAAGCGGAAGCGGGAAGAAGCUGGACAAACACAUAAAGCAGAGACAUGAAGUGGCCUGGACAGUGUUUUGUCUGGUUCUCGUGUUUGCUGUUUGCUGGUUUCCUCUUCAUCUCAGCAGGAUCCUCAAGUCAACCAUCUACGACGAACACGAUCCUAACAGAUGCAACUUACUGAGCACGUUUCUUGUUCUCGACUACAUCGGCCUCAACAUGGCGUCUGUGAACUCGUGCAUCAACCCGAUGGCUCUGUAUGUGGUCAGCAAAAGAUUCAAAAAAUACUUCAGGGCCGCUCUCGCCGCCCGCUGUUGUCGUUCGUCCGAGCCCGUCCUCGUUCAGGAAGAGAAGCAAAGUUUCGUGAGGUCAAAGGUCACGGAGCCGCCGUCUGACAACGGCGACUCCGUCGAACGAGGGUCGGCGUCUGAGAGAACGAGCUUUCUGCAGAAAUGCCCCUGCCUCGGAACGUGAUUCUAGCUUCGAAUGCUGUGCAAUUUACUCUUACGGUCUAGUUUGGUUUUUUUUAUUGUUGUAAAUGCAUUAUGAUCGAAAAGCAUUUUCCUCCGAUGCAUUCUUUUGUCUGCGCGCACAAAUAACUCGCCGCCCAAGGGUUAUAACUGGAACCGUAAUAAGCUGAAUAAAGAAAUAAAACGUGUGCACUAAAACAGCCAAAAUGAAAUGAAAAAAUAAUAAAUAUCUGUAUUUAAAAAAUAAAAAUAACCAAUUUAACUAAUAAACGUACGAUGCAAUAAAUGACAAAAAAUGACAAAAAAUGUAGUAGUACCUCAAUGAUACUAAAACAAUGCUUUCCAAAAAUAUUUGAUGUGAGUAUUAAGUAUUAGGCAUCACUGGC